GUGUAGAAGUAAAUUCACAAAAGUGACGCUGCUGCUGCUCUCUCUGCGACUCUUCCCCGCCUUUCUCGAGCGAACCCCAUCAGAACACAGUCGCCAUUGCAGAAAGCUUGCUUGCAAUCUAAUGCACGACCGCUGCCAAUUUCGGACUUCAGCAGCUAUCGGAUAGCAAAAGCUCCCCACUCAAGCAAAGGAAUUGCAGUGGAUCCGGCCAGAUCCGCAUGUCUGUGGAUCCGAAUAUGGAUUUGCUGCAGGAGUCCGGUUGGGAGGAGCUCCGCACCGAAGCCCGCAAGGUCGAGAGCGAUCUCGAUGUCAAGCUCUCCUCUUACGCCAAGCUCGGCUCUCGCUUCGCCCAUGGGGGAGGUUAUGUUGAUACUGGCUCGCCAACUCUUGGCUCCAGCCGAUCAUGGAAGUCCAUGGAAAUGGAGAUUCAGUCAUCACUUGAGAAGCUACUGGAUAUAAAUGAUGCCAUGAGCAGAUGUGCAACAUCUGCAGCACCAACUACAUCUGUUACCCAAAAGUUGGCAAGGCACAGAGAUAUACUACAUGACUUCACCCAGGAAUUUAGGCGUAUUAAAGGGAACAUGCACUCAAUGAGGGAACAUGCAGAACUUCUUAGUUCUGUAAGGGAUGAUAUUAGCGAGUUCAAGGCAGGGACCAUGUCUCCAAGAAAUCAGUUAUUACGUGAGAGGGCUGCCAUACAUGGAAGUAUUUCACAUAUUGAUGAUGUGAUCAGUCAAGCUCAAACAACACGGGCAGCAUUGGGGUCGCAGAGGACACUAUUUGGUGCCGUGCAGGGAAGAGUGAAGCAACUGGGUGACAUGUUCCCUCAAAUUCGCGGCAUUAUCGGUUCAAUCAGGAGGAAGAAAUCAAGGGACACUCUCAUUCUCUCAGCAGUUAUUGCAGCUUGCACUCUAUUUCUAAUCAUCUAUUGGCUCUCAAAGUAGUCAGAUAUACAUGCAUCAAAACCAACAAAUACUUACUGGCUUCAUUCUUCUGAGCCUUUUGGAGUUUCUUUUAUAAAAAAAAAUUCUUAUUUCCAGUGAUGCAUUUGUGUUCCGCUUUAUAUAUAACCUUUUUGGUUCUCAAACAUUACAUAAGUGGAUUUUCUUGUUGUCUGUAAUUAACAAACUUCACAAACUAACCUUUCCUAGUCAAGUUCUGCCGAAUCAAUAGAGAAUGUUUGGCUUU